AUGAAGAUCAUCUUCACCUUGGCAUCACAGAAUAAUUUGAGUGUAGAAUUUCCAGACUUGGUAAAUUCCAAUUUCAAGGAAGAUGAAGACAUUGCUCCAUUACCUACAAAUCUGAAAGUAGCUAUUAAUCCUGGACUCAUCAAUGUGACCUGGGACUGUAACAUUACAAAGUCUAUGGAGAACUACACAUAUAAGAUUGUCAUUCAGAAAAAUCAUGUUGAAUACCUGGAUUUGUACAAAUGUUUCCUAAAAUAUGACGUUUCCAUGCUUGAUGAAUUCAUACUACAUAAAGGAGUGCUGGUAAAUAUUUUAACAAGUAGAAAGAAGGAAAAAGUGAAAAAUAAUUGGAGAGAAGUCAUAUUUACUCCUGAAGAAAAUGAAUCAUAUUCACAUCGCUAUGCAACUAAGACAUACAAGCAGACUCUGCUGAGAAAAAAUAACACUGCCGCUGGAAACUUAUCCUGUGAAAUUUAUAAUGUAUCUCUCAUUAAUUGUUCGUGGAUUGUGGGCAAGGAAGCCCCAGAAGAUAUUCAAUAUUCUAUGGCUCUCAGGCAGGAUAAUAAGAAUGUUGUUUGCCAAGACUACAGAAAGGAUUUCUUUGGGAGGCAAGUGGGAUGUGUAUUGAAAUCUCCGGACAUUUAUUUCAAACAGAAAGUAUACAUACAAGUGGUGGGAUCAAGCAAUCAAACUUCAGUUCAGUUCUUUGAUAAAAUCCUUAAACCUAAUGAUCAUGUAAUUUUAGAUCCUCCAAAAAACAUACAACUGAGUUAUAUUUCAAAUGAACUGGAAAUAAAAUGGGAGAAGCCAAGAACAUACAGCAAUGUAUCUGAUAAAUGCUUUAUAUACAAUAUUUCCAUAAAAGAAAAAGGGGGAAUUAAUGUUUCUACAAAUCAAAUGUCUUAUAAAACUACUCAAUUUCAUUCAAAUGAAAAAGUUACUGUAAUCAUGAGUGCAACAUGGAAUAAAUUGUGUUCAAGUAAUUAUAUGAAGUGGAGUAAAUGGAGUCACCCCCAUACAACUGGGUCCAUUUCAACAGGGUUUGCACAAAACCACCUUUUUAUUGUACUAGGAAUAAGCACAGCCAUUGUUCUAAUUCUUCUCAUAAUUCUGUGUCGCAGGUUCAGAAUAUGGACAAAGCUGUUUCCACGCAUUCCAAAACCAGCAAUCAAUAUGUUUGAUAAAGUUGAACAAAUUGAAAUGAAGGUAUAG